AUGCACAAUCAUUCCCACUAAUAGUUUAAUAAAGUGUAUAAUUUUUUUCAAAUUAAAACAGCUAAACACACACAACCACAUUCAAAAAGGGGUUAAGCAUUGAAGAAUAUUCUAAGAAAAUUUGUUUCUCUUCUUACAGAAGUAAAAGCGACUCUCUCUCUCAUUAAGCAUCAAAGGAGUUUCGUUUUUCUUGCUUUGCUGUUACAUUCUUCAGGAAAAAGGCGUUACCUUUACUCUCUCUGCAUCAACGAGGAAGCGUGUAGAGCUAAAGGAGCUGAAUUUGAGAGAUUUUUUUGUUUUGUUUCUGGGUUUGUUCAAAGAUGCAAAUUUUUAGUUGUUUCUGCUGUGGAAAAGGAUUUGAUCGGUAUGUAUGGAGUUUUAAUCUUGAUUUUCAACUUGAUUUGCUGGUUUAUGGGUUUUAUCUAGUUUCUCCAUUGUUUUGUUCUUCAGAAAUUUGUUCUUGCUUUGAUCCGUUUUGCUAUUCUUCUUUAUUAGGGUUUUGAGAUUUAUAUCAUUUCUCGAGCCUAUUCAUGUUCAAAAUUUAUUUCUUGGUGUAAAGUUUGGAACUUUCGAACAAUAAUCUACUGUUUGAUAAGCUUAAGUUGCAGAUUUGAUAAACCCAAGAAGAAAGUAAUGUUAAUUUGGUUUGAUGUGACAACUUUACACAGGCAAAAGAAGGUGAAAACGGAGCCAUCGUGGAGGAUCUUUUCACUCAAGGAACUUCACGCAGCAACAAACAGUUUUAAUUACGAUAACAAGCUCGGUGAAGGCAGAUUUGGCAGUGUGUAUUGGGGUCAGCUAUGGGAUGGAUCUCAAAUUGCAGUCAAGAGAUUGAAGGCAUGGAGUAGCAGAGAAGAGAUAGAUUUUGCUGUAGAAGUCGAGAUUCUUGCUCGUAUCCGUCACAAGAAUCUAUUGAGUGUACGAGGUUACUGUGCAGAAGGACAAGAACGACUCAUUGUAUAUGAUUACAUGCCAAAUUUGAGCUUGGUCUCUCAUCUUCAUGGUCAACAUUCAUCUGAGUCGCUUCUUGAUUGGACUAGGCGGAUGAAUAUUGCUGUAUCUUCUGCUCAGGCGAUUGCCUACUUGCAUCAUUUUGCAACACCUAGAAUAGUCCAUGGAGAUGUGAGAGCAAGCAAUGUGCUGCUAGAUUCUGAGUUUGAAGCUCGGGUUACAGAUUUCGGAUACGAUAAGCUGAUGCCAGAUGAUGGAGCUAACAAAAGCACCAAGGGUAAUAACAUUGGGUAUCUCUCACCAGAAUGUAUCGAAUCUGGAAAAGAAUCAGACAUGGGAGAUGUGUAUAGUUUCGGUGUUCUUUUGCUGGAGCUUGUAACUGGUAAGAGACCUACAGAGAGGGUAAACUUAACAACAAAGAGGGGUAUUACCGAAUGGGUUUUACCUCUUGUUUACGAAAGAAAGUUUGGUGAAAUUGUGGAUCAAAGGCUGAAUGGGAAGUAUGUGGAAGAAGAGCUGAAAAGGAUAGUUUUGGUUGGUCUCAUGUGUGCUCAGAGGGAGUCAGAGAAGAGACCAACAAUGUCUGAAGUUGUGGAGAUGCUAAUGAUUGAAUCAAAGGAGAAAAUGGCUCAGCUUGAAGCUAAUCCACUCUUCAAUGGAAACAAUGAUGGUGAAGUUAUAGAUGAAAGCUCAGAGAUCAUUUCUGAAGUGAGAGAUCAUCAAUAA